AUGGUCACGGUGAUUUUGGUUAACGACUGGAGAGAGUCAAAAGGUAACAUAGACUCUGUUGUUGGUGUGCUUACUAUUCUUGACCAAUUCUAUGAAGUCUUUGGGCUUAAAUUGAAUCCGACCAAAUGUGAGAUUUUUGCUACGGGGAUUUCUACAAGAACCAUUGAUAAUUUAAAGAUUAUUACGGGGUUUCAGAUCGGAAGUCUUCCUGUUCAUUAUCUUGGUAUUCCGCUUGUCACUCGCAAACUUACUGAAAAGGAUUGCCAAGCUUUAAUUGAUAUGAUCAAGCUAAAACUUCAUCAAUGGUCUAGCAGAAAUCUCAGUUAUGCAGGUCGAUUAGAGCUCAUUAGAUCAGUCUUAUUCAAUGUUAGCAAUUAUUGGUGCAGACAACUUGUUCUGCCAUCUUCUAUUCUUAAAAAAAUUGAUCAAAUUUGCUCUAGGUACUUCUGGAAAGGUGCAGAUAAAUCAGCUGCUGGUGCUCGUGUGAGUUGGGAUAACAUUUGUACUUCCAAAUCAGAAGGUGGCCUCGGAUUGAAGAACAUUAAAACUUGGAAUAGAGCUUGUCGCAUUCUUCUAAUCCGGAAAAUAUUAGCAGGAAACGGUUCCCUGUGGGUCGCUUGGCUCAACGCUUAUGUUUUUAAGGAUCGGGAUUUUUGGAACUAUCAAGCAGCAGCUAAUUUAAGUUGGAGCAUCAAACGGAUCUUAAAAACAAGGACUGAAGCUCGUUCAUUAAUUUCUGCGGGUUCUGCGCAAGUUAAGGAAAUUUGGGACUUGAUUUAUUGUAAAUGGCAGAUUGUUAUAUGA